AAAUAACGUCUUCUGUUGGGUGAAUAGUCACUAUCGGAAUUGACUGAAAUCAAGAGGAACUAAAUAAAGCGAGGAGUCCAAUGCGUGCUAUAGAGUCUCUGCUACCUGUGCGAUAGAGAGGGAAUGGCAGUGAAUGUGUACUCCACAUCUGUAACCAACGAGAACCUAAGCCGACAUGACAUGUUGGCGUGGGUUAAUGAUUCUCUACAGCUCAGCUACACCAAAAUAGAACAGUUAUGUUCAGGUGCAGCAUAUUGUCAGUUUAUGGACAUGUUAUUUCCGGGAUGUAUUUUUCUAAAGAAGGUGAAAUUCCAAGCAAAGCUGGAACAUGAGUAUAUACAUAAUUUCAAAGUCCUUCAAGCAGCCUUCAAGAGGAUGAGCGUUGAUAAAAUAAUUCCAGUGGAAAAGCUUGUCAAGGGAAAGUUCCAGGACAACUUUGAAUUCGUCCAGUGGUUUAAAAAAUUAUUUGAUGCUAACUACGAUGGCAAAGAGUAUGAUCCUCUUCAAGCUAGACAGGGCCAAGAUAUUGCUCCUCCCCCAAAUCCAGGUGAACACUUUUCCCACAAACCCAAGAGAACUGUUCCAGGGCCCCAGAGAACAUCACCAACAGUACCAAAAAACAUGCCCACACCACAGAGAGUGACGACCACCACCAUUAGGAAGAACCCCAGUCUGGCUCGAAAUGGGGGCGGAGAUGCCGAAGUCAUGGAGCUAAAUCAACAGUUAAUGGAACUGAAAUUGACUGUAGAUGGUUUGGAGAAGGAAAGAGACUUCUACUUCAGCAAACUCCGAGACAUUGAGUUGAUCUGCCAGGAACACGAGAAUGAGAACAACCCUGUCCUUACCAGGAUAGUGGACAUCCUCUACGCCACAGAGGAAGGGUUUGCACCACCAGAGGAUGAUGAGCUGGACGAACAGGCCCACUUGGACCAGGAAGAGUACUGAGUGAUCCUUUUCCAUCUGCCCUCUCUUUCCUCCAUGACCCUAUUCUCCUACCCCUCCCUUCCUCACCUCCACUCCACGUUGAACUCCUCCCCUCAUUGCACGCUGUUGAUAUCUCCACCAUUACCUUUGUAUCUAUGGAUGCCCCAUAAGUACUAUGUAUCUGUUUGUCCCCUCCUGUUACGGUUCACGCACCACAUCUCAAGAGGCUCAUUACCCCCACCCCCACAGAAUAGCAGCGAAAGUAAUAUAUCCUAUCCUCCUUAGCAUGUUUCACAUUACGACUUGGAGAAUGAACAUAAGACAUCGGGGACUGAGGGUAGCACAAUGGAGUUAAAGCAGAAGUAGUCAUGAAGAAGAAAAAAAAGAAAGGAUGUUGCAUGAAACGCAGUUUUUUUGCCUUAGAUCUCCUGCGCCUUUUGUCUAGGCCCUGUACUGGCUCUGUUCAGGAUAUAGAGUAGGCUGUUGGUUUUUGUAUUCUUUUGCGUGGGUCCCUUUCUUCGGCCUCAGUCUCUCUCUUACUGCUUUCAAGCGCAGUAACUGAGGCAAAGACAGGGAAUUAUUAAACUGAAAGUUUUUCCAGAAAUUAUUUAGUGUUCCUCAAACUUUUAUAUCUACAAAAAGGUCAUUCUGCAAUUACAGCAAGGAGUACUGCAUAUUUGUCAAUAGAUGAAAAGUAAGUGACAUAUAAAAAUGAAGGGGAAAAAAGAAAAUAAUCUUAAAGAACUGCACAAAGUUCUUUUACCGGCUAGUUGGUUACUGCGUAUCCCUCGGGAGCAUGUGAAUGGCAUGCAUAAACAGUGAAUGAGUGCUACAUUUGUAUUUUUUUAUGGAGGUUUGGUUUAGUUUGAUUGCAGGUCAUGAUUCAGUACUGCUCACUUAGAUUGAGAUAGUGAAAUCUACUUUUGCGAUGAAAAGUGGUAUUUGAUACUUAUGAAUCAGACUAGUAGACACACUACUGAUGAAACGCUAUUUAACUGAGGUUUUGCUGCUACUUUUACUGCCUUUCUAGGUUUCAUUUUGAUAUUUAUUUAACUCUGCUAUUGACUAGCAUGGGCUGGGUUUUGUUGUUCUAAUUCCACAUUAAGUGAGGCGAUGUAAAAAAGGCCCAGGUGUGAAGGAAAGGAAAUCUGGCUGGCUGGCUGGCAGAAGCAUUGUGCUGCCUUUGCAGUCUGUGUCUAAAACCAUUUGCAUAGAGACUCCUUUCACUCUCAUACUUGUUUUGUCUCAUUAAAAAAAAAACAUGGCCAUAAUAGUGUUUGCAUAAAUUGUUUUGCGUUUUAUUGAGUAAAUAAAGAGUUGUUAAAAUAUCCAA